GAGGAAAGUAGUUGAAUAUGAGGUCCAUCAAAGCUAGUUGUUUAUGGCCUCAUCCACGCCUUUUUUCUGUGCCUCAAGGGCUGGGAGUAGUUUGUGCGUCUCUCAGUUAAUGAUAAGAUGUUUCGCAGUGGGUAGGCUAUAUUUCCCCGCAGUGUAUUGGACAGCGCAGCAUUUGGCAACCGAGUUGAGGAGCACACACAAUGAAGGACAAAAACAAAUUUGAACUCAAGAAUGGAAGCUUGGCUAAUGAAAACGGAAACGUGGCCAUUGGAAAUGGAGUGGUCAACCGUGCGUUUGAAAUUGAGCAGGACAUCACAGUCGAUGAGAGCAACACCAAAGAGCAAACGGAGCGGUCUAGAGAGGGACUGGGAUCAUAUCUAAGCCAAAUAGUCAAGCCGAUUAACGCCGCCGAGGAUUACUUGAAAAAUCACUCCAAAGUCUUCAAGUACGUUUUGCUGGGCAUACUCGGAGCAGGUUAUUUGGCAUACUUCAUUGCAGCCUGUGUUUUGGAUUUUGAGCGGGCCACUGCCCUGGUGGUCCUCACCAGUUUGGUUUUUGUGUCCAAGUCCUAUGACCUUAUCAAGAAGUACAAGGGAAAGAGCAUCAGUCGGUGUUUUCGACCUGUAGCACGUCUUUUCAAAUCCAACUUAAGAUGGCUCAAAUGGGUCUUCAUCGUGAUUGUAGUGGUCCUGCUGGCGCUGUGGCUCGUGCUAGACACGAGCCAGCGUCCCGAGCAGCUUAUUUCCUUCGGGGGUGUGUGCAUGUUCAUCCUGCUUACGUACCUCUGCUCGGCCCACAGGACAACAGUGUCUUGGAGGCCUGUGUUUUGGGGCCUUGGGUUGCAGUUCUGCAUCGGACUUUUUGUCAUCAGAACCGAGCCUGGACUCAUUGCUUUCCAGUGGCUCGGACGACAAGUGCAGAUUUUCCUGGACUAUACCAAAGCAGGAUCUUCAUUUGUUUUUGGAAAUCUGGUCAACGGGAUCUUUGCCUUCCAAGCAAUGCCUAUCGUUGUGUUCUUCAGCAGUAUAAUGUCGGUGCUUUACUAUCUGGGGUUAAUGCAGUGGCUCAUCCUGAAGAUCUCAUGGAUUAUGCAGAUAACAAUGGGAACCUCUCCCACAGAAACUUUGAGUGUAGCAGGCAAUAUAUUUAUUGGCCAGACAGAGGCACCACUGCUGAUUCGGCCCUAUUUAAAAGACAUGACGAAAUCUGAGAUUCAUGCUGUUAUGACUGGAGGAUUUGCCACAAUUGCAGGCAGCGUUAUGGGAGCAUUCAUCUCAUUCGGGAUCGAUGCAUCCUCCUUAAUAUCAGCCUCGGUCAUGGCUGCUCCCUGUGCACUUGCCUUCUCCAAGCUGUCCUUCCCAGAGACGGAGGAGAGCCCCUUUAAACCAGAGGAGACUGUCAAAGUGGCUUGUGGAGAGGAACGGAACAUUCUGGAGGCAGCCAGCAGCGGAGCGUCAGCCUCCAUCACUUUGGUUGCCAACAUCGCAGCGAAUCUCAUCGCCUUCCUCGCCAUUCUUGCCUUUAUCAACGAGGCUCUGAGCUGGCUCGGAGGCAUGGUGGGAUACCCCGAAGUCACCUUUCAGUUACUGUGCUCGUACGUUUUCAUGCCGGUGGCCUUCAUGAUGGGAGUGCCGUUUGAGGAGAGUUUUACCGUCGCCGAGCUGAUUGGCAUCAAACUGUUCCUCAAUGAAUUUGUGGCCUAUGAGAAAUUAUCCACACUGAAGAGCAACAGACUCAACGGAGUGGAUGCAGUAAUUGGCGGGGAAAGACAGUGGAUUUCAGUCCGAUCCGAAAUCAUCUCCACCUAUGCUCUCUGUGGCUUUGCCAAUUUCAGCUCCCUUGGCGUCAUGAUUGGUGGCCUAGCCUCUAUAUGCCCAUCUAGAAGAACCGAUGUCUCGGUUCUGGUGUUGCGAUCCUUGAUCACAGCCACGUGCGUCUCGCUUGUCAAUGCUUGCAUCGCGGGGAUCCUAUUCGUUCCCCCGUUCGACUGUGUGAAGUUGUUCAGUGAAUCUGAUUUCAACGGCACAGAUGUAAACGUGCAGACCUGCUGCAUGGACCUCUUUGGAAGUGCUGUCAACAACGGGAGCAUCUCAUUCGAGGGCUCAUGGAGCACGGUUAAAAACGCCACCUUGUAUCUGGCGAAAUGCUGUCAGUGCUGCGGUGUCGCUCAGGAGGCACUUUGUUUGUAACGGAAGACUUUAUGUAUAUCCUUGUAUUGUAGUUAGGUUCCAUCGGUUGCCACGUCUGUACAAAUUUAAAAGCUGCUGGGAAAAGAAAAUAUUUUCCUAAGUUUACCUUCUGGAAUUCAAUUUGAGACUUUAAUCAACAUGACUGAGUCUUUUUAGGCACUUAACACUUUUUUCAGCUUUCUGGUUUUUACAUACAUAUAGUGGAUGUAAAAAGUCUACACAGUCCAAAUUCAAAUUCCGGGUUUUUGUGAUGUAACAAAAUGAGACUGAGGUAAAUUAUUUAUAAACUUUUUUUCCCCCCACCAUUCAUACGUAACAGUUUCCAAUGCAUGUUUGGGAGAUUUUCUUAUUGUCCAAUGAAAGCAAGAUCGUCCAUCAUUUCAAAAUGUAUGUUUGACACAAACACAACACUGCUCAUCACUAAAAGAACACCAAAGUGUGGCCUGAGGCAAGGUGGAGGGAAUAAUGAACAAUAUGAAGUAGUUUGUGAGAUCACAAAACCCUCAGGCUUCUGUAAGAAAGGAAAAAUAAAGGUCAGGAAAAGCCUGCAAGAGCAACCGAAGUUUAUUUGGUGUUACUCAGAAGCACUUGAAAUGGUGGCGGUUGUGUGCUUUAACAUGAAUUUGAAUGUGCUUGGUUAAUUCUGAACAGACACGCCGCAGUUAGAACAGGGUGUGUACACUUGUGCAACCACAUCUCAGGUUUUUACUUUUACUCACCCGUCUAAAAAAAAAAAAAAAGUGAGUUGUAGUUUCAAGUGCACAUUAAUUCUUCUGUAUUACCAAAAAAUCUGUGUAGACUUUUGACAUUCACAUUACAUCUUUGUGUGUGAAGCACUAACAUUGACGCACAUUCAUACGAGAAAAUCAAACAACUACAGUUAUAAAGAUUUGGAUUUUUUUUCCCCAAGUGUAUUGCAUACAUACUGUAGUAUGUUUUAAGAUAGAUAUACAGUAUUAACUGUCAUGUAUUAUAUUGUAAAUGAAUUAAGAAGUUCAAUUUUAUAGCUUGUUGAAUGUUAAAAGAAAAAUACCUCAGGUAACGUUCACACAUCAGCUGUUGGAUGAAUGUAAAUAGCCCAAAAUCCAAUUCAUACAUUUUUAAUGGAUUAUUAUGUAUAGGGAUGCACUGCAUUGAAAAAAAAAUCAAUAAAGACCCCUGUGUACUGAAAUAUGAA